AUGGCCCUGGACGGCGAGCGGGGGCAACAAGAGGAGGAGAAGAAAAAGAAGAAGAAAAAGAAGAGGAAGAAGAAGGAGGAGAAGGAGGAGGGGGCCGAGAAGAGCAGCUCACCCUUCGCGGCCACGAUGGGGGAGGACGACACCGCACUCCGGGCCGGCGGCAGGGGGCUCUCGGACCCGUGGGCGGAUUCCGUGGGAGUGCGACCCCGCACCACGGAGCGCCACAUCACGGUACACAAGCGGCUCGUGUUGGCCUUCGCCGUGUCCAUCGUGGCGCUGCUCGCAGUCACCAUGCUCGCAGUGCUGCUCAGCUUGCGAUUCGACGAGUGCGGGGCGAGCGUAGCGCCGGGCGCCGACGGCGGAUCCGCGGGUUUCCCCGCGCGCGGCGGCAACGCCAGCUUCCCGGGACCCGCCCGGCGCAACCACCACGCGGGAGAGGACUCCUCGCUGCCCGAAACGGGCGCGGACGCCACCCCAGGUACCCCGUCUGCCCAGCCGCCGUCGGAAGAGGAGCGGGAACAGUGGCAACCGUGGACGCAGCUGCGCCUGUCGGGUCACCUCAAGCCGCUGCACUACAAUUUGAUGCUCACCGCCUUCAUGGAGAACUUUACCUUCUCAGGGGAGGUCAACGUGGAGAUAGCGUGUCGGAACGCCACCCGCUACGUGGUGCUGCACGCCUCCCGGGUGGCGGUCGAGAAGGUGCAGGUGGCCGAGGACCGGGCGUCCGGUGCUGUCCCGGUGGCCGGCUUUUUCCUCUAUCCACAAACGCAGGUCCUGGUGGUGGUGCUGAAUCGGACCUUGGACGCGCAGAGGAAUUACAACCUGAAGAUCAUUUACAACGCCCUGAUUGAAAACGAGCUCCUGGGCUUCUUCCGCAGCUCCUACGUCCUCCACGGGGAGAGAAGAUUCCUUGGUGUUACUCAGUUUUCACCUACACAUGCCAGAAAGGCAUUUCCCUGUUUUGACGAGCCAAUCUACAAGGCUACUUUCAAAAUCAGCAUCAAGCACCCAGCAACCUAUUUAUCUUUAUCCAAUAUGCCAGUGGAAACUUCCGUGUUUGAGGAAGAUGGAUGGGUUACGGAUCACUUUUCACAGACCCCUCUCAUGUCCACGUAUUACUUAGCCUGGGCAAUUUGCAACUUCACAUACAAAGAAACUACCACCAAGAGUGGGGUUGUUGUGCGAUUAUAUGCAAGACCUGAUGCUAUCAGAAGAGGAUCCGGGGACUAUGCUCUCCAUAUAACAAAGAGAUUAAUAGAAUUUUAUGAAGACUACUUUAAAGUGCCCUAUUCCUUGCCAAAACUCGAUCUUUUAGCUGUGCCUAAGCAUCCGUAUGCUGCCAUGGAGAACUGGGGACUAAGUAUUUUUGUGGAACAAAGAAUACUACUGGAUCCCAGUGUUUCAUCUAUUUCUUAUUUGCUGGAUGUCACCAUGGUCAUUGUUCAUGAGAUAUGUCACCAGUGGUUUGGUGACCUUGUGACUCCUGUGUGGUGGGAAGAUGUGUGGUUGAAGGAAGGUUUUGCUCACUAUUUUGAAUUUGUUGGCACAGACUACCUCUACCCUGGCUGGAACAUGGAGAAACAGAGGUUUCUGACGGAUGUUCUGCAUGAAGUGAUGCUGCUCGACGGCUUGGCCAGUUCCCAUCCAGUAUCACAGGAAGUGCUACAGGCAGCAGAUAUUGACAGGGUGUUUGACUGGAUCGCGUAUAAAAAGGGUGCUGCUUUAAUUAGAAUGCUGGCUAAUUUUAUGGGCCAUUCAGUAUUUCAGAGGGGUUUGCAAGAUUAUUUAACCAUUCAUAAGUAUGGCAAUGCAGCCAGAAAUGAUCUCUGGAAUACACUGUCAGAGGCUUUAAAAAGGAAUGGAAAAUAUGUAAAUAUACAAGAAGUAAUGGAUCAGUGGACGCUCCAGAUGGGCUAUCCUGUUAUCACAAUCUUGGGAAAUACAACAGCAGAAAAUAAGAUAAUAAUUACCCAGCAACGUUUUAUUUAUGAUAUCAGUGCUAAAACCAAAGCACUUGCACUUCGAAAUAACAGUUACCUGUGGCAGAUUCCAUUAACCAUUGUGGUAGGAAAUAGAAGCCGUGUGUCUACAGAAGCAAUUAUUUGGGUGUCUAACAAAUCAGAGCACCACAGAAUAACUUCUUUGGACAAAGGAAGCUGGUUGCUGGGAAACAUCAAUCAAACUGGCUACUUUAGGGUCAACUAUGACCUAAGGAAUUGGAGAUUAUUAAUUGAACAAUUAAUAAGGAACCACGAGGUUCUCUCUGUCAGUAACCGAGCAGGUUUGAUCGACGACGCCUUCAGCCUAGCCAGAGCUGGCUAUUUGCCUCAGAAUAUUCCCCUGGAGAUUAUCAGAUACCUGUCUGAAGAAAAGGAUUUUCUUCCUUGGCAUGCUGCCAGCCGAGCUCUUUAUCCUCUAGAUAAAUUACUGGACCGCAUGGAGAGCUACAAUGUCUUCAAUGAAUAUAUUUUAAAGCAAGUUGCAACAACAUACAUCAAGCUUGGAUGGCCAAAAAAUAAUUUUAAUGGAUCCCUUGUUCAAGCAUCCUACCAACAUGAAGAACUACGCAGAGAAGUUAUAAUGCUGGCAUGCAGUUUCGGCAACAAGCACUGUCACCAGCAGGCAUCAACACUUAUAUCAGAUUGGAUUUCCAGCAACAGGAACAGAAUACCACUAAAUGUUAGAGACAUCGUCUACUGUACAGGAGUUUCCCUACUGGAUGAGGAUGUCUGGGAAUUCAUAUGGAUGAAAUUCCACUCCACCACAGCAGUUUCUGAGAAGAAAAUAUUAUUGGAAGCUUUAACUUGUAGUGAUGACAGGAAUUUAUUAAACAGGCUCCUGAAUCUGUCCCUGAAUUCUGAGGUGGUGCUGGAUCAAGAUGCGAUCGAUGUCAUAAUCCACGUUGCUCGAAAUCCACAUGGCCGAGACCUUGCCUGGAAAUUUUUCAGAGAUAAAUGGAAGAUAUUAAAUACCAGGUAUGGAGAAGCAUUAUUUAUGAAUUCCAAACUUAUCAGUGGAGUUACAGAAUUUCUUAAUACUGAAGGAGAACUCAAGGAGCUAAAGAGCUUCAUGAAGAGCUAUGAUGGGGUAGCUGCUGCUUCUUUCUCACGAGCUGUGGAAACCGUCGAAGCCAAUGUGCGCUGGAAAAUGCUUUAUCAAGACGAGCUUUUCCAAUGGCUAGGAAAAGCUUUGAGACACUAAUACGUGUCUUUGAUAAACAACUCAACUGAAAAUUUUUGAGAAGACCUGCAUGAUGUGAAAUGAGGAAAAUAUGCUACAUGAAAAAUGGCCAGAAUUUCAAACUGUUAACGUGUGGGAGGAAUUUUUGUUGUUCUGGUUUUGUUUUGUUGGUUUAUGUUUUGGGGAAUAUUUUUGUUUCUUUCAGUCUGUUUUGUUUUUCUACUGGGCAUACUUCUCUAAAGAACUUUUUGCAAAUGAACCUAGCCAUGGUUGCUUCGGCUGUACGUUCCUUGCUGUACAGGACCAAAUAUGAUAGUGGCGCAUGUUGAUGUGACACUCACUUUGGGAAAACAUAUUUAGAAUAUUUUGUGCAUGGUUGUUUGGUCCUCCCUGUGUUCCAGCAUGCUUAUUUAAAAUGUCCAAUGUCGUAUGUGAAUAUAUGUUACACCCAGAAAGGGCAUUAUGCAAAAGCACAAAGAUUUUCUAUGACAAUCAAUGUUGCGAUGAAAGAAAAGCUUUUAAAAAGGUAAUUAUAUCCUCAGUUCUGGGAAAUGUGAGAAGUACAACAGCCCUUAAGGUAUUAAUGUCACUGAUUUCAGCACUUGGAUUGUCUGUCAAUGGUUAUUGCGUUGCUAACUCCUUUUCUUUGCGUUAAAGCUGCGCAUACCUUUAAAGAGGCAUACUGCUAGUGUAUGCGUAUGUAUAUGUACACAGGGAAUCCCCAAAUGUAUACAGUAUGCUGUACACUGCACAUGUGCAAAGAAUCACUUCAGAUCAAAGAAAAUUUAUCUCUUUUUAUAAAUGUAUGCAAACUUUGAAAAGGCUUAAAGUAAUUUAUCUCAACACUAUCCUUCCUGAAAAUUUCUAAUUUUCUCAGCUGGUAUGGGUUUUUGUCUCCUUCCUAGACAAUGGUCUAUUCUACUAGGUGAAGAUGAAUUCCGACAAAAUUUAUGUAUAAACACCUUUCUAAUUCUCUUAAGUAAGUGGCAGCCUUGCAUUCUAAAUAUGAAUUCUGUCAUGAUUUUGGUGAAACUUUCUAUCACAUAAAACAAUUCUAUAAAUAUAAAAUUAUCAGUGCUGAGAAAGUGUUUAUUUUCCAUAUUGCUUUUUUUCUCAUCUCAUGUUGCAUGGUCCAGAGAGUUAAAAACUUUCCUCUGUGUUGGUCUUUAUGUCUGUGUUACCCUAAUCCUCCAUUAAGCAACCAUACCUCAAGUGGAUCUAUUAGUAUUUAAUGACCUUUUAAGGCCAGUUGUGCCAUCCGUUAAAAUGAAAAGUGACUUUCUUUGUGUUACUGUGCAAAGCUUUUCUUUUGGCAUUGACAACUCUGUUCUACCUGGGAAUUUUGAAUAGCCCUUUUCAUGGCCAUGUAUUAAAUAGCACAAAUGUUUUUGAAAUGGUAUUCUCACCCAGUAGGCCAGCUCUCCAAAAAAAAAAGGUUCCUUAAAUGUUCCAGAAUUAGUAUAUUUUAAGUUUGCCAUUAAAAAAUACCAAUAUACCUACUGUACAUAAGUCAUAAAUACAGAACUUCCUAUUCCCUUGCAACUGAAAAAAAAAAUCUAGACAUUUUAGAAAAUGGAGCCACAUAUUUAGUAAAUUUGUAGGAAAGAGAAGCAAUUCUUUAAUCCACAUAACAAGUAUUACCUAAAAUUGAAUCCAUUUAGCAAUUAAUACCUAUUUCUCAGACCUAAAUUUUUCAGUACUUCAUUUAAUUUAAACACAAGGAUUUUGAAUGUUCUAUGUGAUAUUAACAAGGCGUGGUAAUGCUUACUAUAAAAUCUAAAAUUCACUUCACUAUCAAAAGUGAUAAAUUUCAGUUACUAUACAACAUAUUUAUAUCCUUAAGGUAUAACUUCUAAAAGAAAAUAAUAAAUAUCAUACUGCCAUGUAGGUUCCAAAUAUAUACUAUAUCACCAUUAGAUUCAAGCAAUGGAGAAGAUGAAAAAUUAGAGGUGGAUGUCUUAUUUUAUAUCAUGAAUUACUAAAAAACUUUAGUGGUUGUAGUAUUCUUUUGAUUGAAAUCGCCACAUCCAGCUUAGAGUUAGAAGGGCCUUUAUAUUUCUUUUUUCCUCCCCACUGUUAAUAAUCUUAAUUCCUCUCUCAUUAUUGUAGUGGCUUUCAACAACUGGUUUAGCUACCAUGUCAAAUCCUAAGUGUAUAAUUAUGUGCAAUGUUCAAUACCUCAUACAAUACUUACUCUACAAUCAAGUGGUAUCAAUGGCAUUGAGAUGGCAUCUCUGUUUUACAUAUUUUUCAAUAAUUUAUCUUUCCCAAUGUUGAAAAUUAUAUCAGGCUUUAAUGUUUUUUAAUUGUCUAAGUAAUAUUUUUAAAAUAAAAUGACCAGUGAUA